GAUAGCAAAGAGCAAGGAAGGUGGAGCAGAUAUGAUUCAAACUUAUGUAUUUUGGAAUGGCCAUGAACCUGUUAGAGGACAGUAUAAUUUUGAAGGAAGAUAUGAUGUUGUCAAGUUUGUGAAGCUAGUGGGAUCCAAUGGACUCUAUCUCCAUCUCCGUAUAGGUCCUUAUGUCUGUGCAGAGUGGAAUUUUGGGGGCCUUCCCGUGUGGCUUCGUGAUGUCCCUGGGAUAGAAUUUCGAACAGACAAUGCACCUUUUAAGGAGGCAAUGCAGUGCUUUGUGACAAAGAUUGUUGAUCUGAUGCGAGAGGAAAACCUAUUCUCUUGGCAGGGUGGCCCAAUAAUUAUGAUGCAGGUUAUAAUACAGAUUAAUUCCCCUUAUUUUUUUUUCUUUUUUUAUUUUUAAGGAUAACAGAAAUUUGGCAGGAGGGAGUGUACUAAGAAGAAUGGAAAAUGCCCAAACUGUUGGGAUCUCAGCUAUCUCAAUGAGUGUUUUUCACCUUCUCAUAUUUGCUACAACUACACAGUAGGGGCAUAGGUUGUAUGAUCUUCUGUUUCAAGUAACAUGGACCUUGGUGCUUUGCAACUAGUAUUUAUUACUGUAGAAUUCAUUACCAAUAUCAACAAUCCACUGAACUAUUGCCUAUACCAAAUUCCCUAUUUUCUCCCAAUUGCAUUAAGCAUCCAAAGAUUGGAAAUUUGGAAUGAAAACGUUCUGUUUCUAGAAAAACAUCCAUUAAAUAAUUGAAAUUUAUCAGAUUGAGAAUGAAUAUGGCGAUGUUGAAAGAAAAUAUGGCCAGAGAGGGAAGGAAUAUGUUAAAUGGGCUGCAAAAAUGGCUGUUGGGCUUCACACUGGCAUUCCAUGGGUGAUGUGCAAGCAAACUGAUGCUCCAUAUGACAUAAUAAAUACCUGCAAUGGAUACUAUUGUGAUGGUUUUAAAGCAAAUUCCAAGAACAAACCAAUACUUUGGACUGAGGAUUGGGAUGGAUGGUAUGCAAAGUGGGGUGGAAGGCUACCUCACAGACCUGUUGAGGACCUUGCAUUUGCAAUUGCACGCUUUUUUGAACGUGGAGGGUGCUUUCAGAACUAUUAUAUGUACUUUGGAGGAACAAACUUCGGUAGGACUUCUGGAGGUCCAUUCUAUAUCACUAGCUAUGAUUAUGAUGCUCCAAUUGAUGAAUAUGGUAGGUCUCCUGAAUGAGCCUAAAUGGGGACACUUGAAGGAUUUGCAUGCUGCUAUAAAGCUCUGUGAACCUG